UCCCUCGCUCUCUCUUCUUGCUUGCUCGCUUGCUGCACCACACUCGCUACGCAAUCACGACUGCGACGCACACAGAAACUUUUCUGGACAACACACAGACGUAGAGGAGCAUAUCUGAAUACAUACACACACAUCCACAUACACACACAUCUCUUGAGAAGCUUCCACAAGAGGAGGAGGAGGAGGAGGAGGAGGAGGAACGAGCAAGCAAGAAUUUGGCCUUCAAAGUGCUGGUAUGAGGACAGGUCUGCUUAUCGCAGCUCUGUGGCUGCUUCUGGUUUUCACCGUGACGGACGCACAAAACGGGCGGGGAAAAACACGCCAGCCGGAUGGAGGAAUGCGACGGAUGAAGAGGAAACGGGACGGACCAGGUUUUGCAGGUCAGGCUGGAGUCAGAUCGGGGCGCGCUAAACUCCUUCGGAGCCGACGCAUUCCUAACAGUCCCCGCGUUCCGGCGCGGCCUGUCCAAGGGAACGUGGUCCUGCUGGAGUCCUACAGGGACAUACCGGCGCAACACUCCAGCUACAACGUUCUACCAGAUCCCGACCUCAGUCUUGAACUUUCUGGUGACUCCCCAGCGCCCCGUAACCGCGACGACCACCAUUCCAUCACCACCACCCCCCAGCUCAGCCAGGACGAAAUCCAGCGCAUCCUCUGGCGGGAAGAGGAGGAGCACCUGGAGGAAGAGGAGCGAGUGAGGAAACGAGAGGAGGUAAAGAAGAGGAAGAGGAAGGAGAGGAAGGAGCAGGAGGAAAGGCAGAGGAGGAGAGCGGAGGAGGAGAGGAGGAGGAAAAUGGAAGAGGAGAAGAGGAAGGAGGAGAAAGAAGCAUGGGAGAGAGAGAAAAAGCUGAGAGAGGAAAUACUGAAAGAAGAGGAAGAGGAGGAGGUGUGGUUGAGAGGAGAUGUCUUCCAAAUGCUCCCCAAAGAAGACGAAGAACCCGAGGAACCCGAUCUCCCCCCUGCUCCCAUCCCGGGACCUCCUGCUGCCGCAGAGGAUGAGGUGAACGAAGAGGAAGAGGAAAAGGAGGUGGCGGCAAAGGAAGGAGGUCUUCCCCCCGGCUGCGACCUCGCCGACGUCACGCUGACUUGUGACAACGCCAGACUGACGUACUUCCCUCCUCUCCUCAUGCCACACCUCAAAUCUCUGAGCCUGGAAGGCAACAACAUCAGCAGCAUUCCGGCGGAGGCCUUCAACGGCAUUCCCAACCUGGAAUGGAUCAACUUGAAGAAGAACAAACUCACGUCCGCAGGGAUCGAUCACAGAGCCUUUAAAAGUCUGAAGAUGCUGCGGCGUCUGUACUUGGACGGGAACCUUCUCGAAGUGGUUCCCGCUGAUCUCCCACUGAGCCUGCAGGAGUUGAAAAUCAACGAGAAUCGACUGCAAAAGAUCCACGGAAACACGUUCCAAGGUCUGGCUAGUUUGAUGAUUCUGGAGCUGGAAGCCAACCUUCUGAGCGAGGCCAACGUGGACCCCGAGGCCUUGGCGCCCCUGGUCCAGCUGUCCUACCUGCGAUUAGGACGAAACCUCUUCCGAACGAUGCCACAGGGCCUCCCUCCCUUACUCCUGGAGUUGUACCUGGAGAACAACCUAAUUGAAGAAAUCCCGGCAGGCGUCUUCAACCACAGCAAAAACCUCAACGUGCUUUCCCUCAGGCACAACAGGCUGGAAGAGACCAGGAUCGCCCCACUGGCCUGGAUCCACCACAGGAGUCUGGAGUCCCUCGACCUUUCCCACAAUAGGCUGCACCUGGUGCCGUCGUACUUGCCCAAGUCACUAGUUCACCUCGUGCUGGUGGGGAAUCGCAUUGAGAGGAUACCUGGCUUCGUGUUUGCCCACAUGGAUCCGGGACUGGAGUACCUGUACCUGUCCUACAACAAACUGGACGGUGAGGGCAUCGAACCCGAGUCCUUCUUCGGGUCUUACCACUCCAUGGUGGAGCUGUGUCUGGACCACAACCAGCUGCUCAGCAUGCCUUCGGGCAUCAACGAGAUGACCAACUUGCACUUCCUCAGACUCAACAACAACAAGAUCAGGAGCAUUCCCGACGAGGGCAUCUGCGAUCCGGAGCGCAGCGGCGAUUCCAUGUUGGUGGCCGUCAGGCUGGAGAACAACUUGAUCGACCCGCUCAAGGUUUCCCCCUCGGCGUUCUCCUGUGUGCGCUCGUCGUCAGGCGUGGUCUUAAAACCCCAGAAAACCAAAUGACCCCAGCCAACAAACGCCUUUGCAACUGUUCAACGUUUUUUUAAACUAGCGACCACACAUGUUGACUUUAAACCCUUCACUGUAAUUUGGGGAUUUCCGAUAAAAUUAUGUAAUUUUGGGUCACGAUGGAAAACUGUAGCAUCUUUCAUACUGGUUGUCCAAGUCUCUUUUUCUUCCCAGUGUCGCCGGUUUGCGUGAAAGGUGUGAAAGAUCAGGUCAGGUUUUGGCUUUCUGAGGUACCGCCAGAGGCGCAACAGAGGCAGAACAAUGGCUGGCUGUGUGAAAGCUGGCACAGGGGUGAAGCCUGGGGAGUUUAACACCCGACACUCACCUUUACUGCUCCGCUGUCACUGUCAAACAAGUAGGAUUUUGUCGCUGUUACACUUCAUUUGCUUCUAGCAGUAGACUUUGCGUGAAAGAGACAAAUAUGAAUACAUUAAUAUAUAUUUACAGAAAAUAUGUUCACAUUUAACAAAAGCAACUUCAUCAAGGGGGAAAAUUAAGAGUAGACCUCAAUUGACACGGCCUGUUUUGUAGGACGGUCGUGUGAAAGCACCCAAAGUCGGUGACAUUUUCACACAAAACAAAACAAAGCAAGAUACUGGCACAGGACUGUGUGAGGCUCCAAUUUUUACGUAAAUUCUGCGUGAAAGGGGUUGUUGCCAUGUAACACAAAUGCUGGCUGCAAUUUGUGUAUAAACUUUGUGUGAAAUAGGCAAAAAUUUACAGCCGACCAAAUGAGCGGCACCAACUGUGUUGCCUGUGCAGGACUGUUUGCAGCUCCAAUUUGUUGCAUAAACUCAGUCAGACAGAAACUACCAUUUAACACUGUACCAAAUGGGAAGGAAAACUUUAACUGGCUGGGUUCUGCGUGAAACACGACCGCCUGGUCCAAUUUUCAGGUAAAUUGUGAAUGAGGGAAAAAUGUACACAACCAAAGUCUGAUUCAAACAGAUGAAAGUUUGGUAGCGCGAAAGCAACCCAGGUCAGUCGCUCCUUUCACACAGCCAUGAGUACCUGUUCUUUUUUUUUUUCCUCUCAAUUUUCACAUAGCUGUUGUCGCCUCAAUAAGACCUCACCACUUGAUGAUGGUGCCAUUCGCACCAAACAGUGAAACAUGGGGGGGGGGGGGGGGGGGGCAUAAAACUCUUGAAUAAACAGCACAAAAGGGUCUACGUACUGCUGUUGAGCGGGGAUCACAGAGCGCACAUUUGUAGUGUAUUUUGUUGUCGACAUUUUCAAGUCUGAGGGAACUGCCAAAUAUUUUCCCAAGAAACACAUUCAACAUU